UGCUCUCAAAAAUUUCCCUCACUCCGAGUAUAAAAUGCAGAAGCUUUCCCUUAUCAGAUCAGAUCGAUUUUUGAUCUUGUCAAAUCAAUCUGCAUCUCCUGGAAUCUCGUAUCAUGCAUCUAUUGUCCUUGGCCUGCACGGCCACCUCUUUGCUCUCAUUACUACCAUCAUCGGUACUAGCUCGCUCUCCGAAGUCUGCCAAGUACGAGAGGAUCCAGCAUGAGCGUCGCAUCGAGAUGUUUGCUGCUCAGAAGGAGCAACAACAAGAUCAAAGGCUUCAAAAGCGUGCGAAUCAUGCUUACUUGACGAAUAACACAGCACCUUUUGCGGUCAAUGGGUCUGGGUUACCUGAAGUUGACUUUGACAUCGGAGAGAGUUAUGCCGGAUCAAUGCCAAUAGGAAACAGUACAACCGACAGUCUUUUCUUCUGGUUCGUACCGACCACAAAUCCAUUGGCCAGCGAUGAGAUUGUGAUCUGGCUCAAUGGUGGGCCUGGAUGCUCGAGUUUGGAUGGCUUCUUUCACGAAAACGGUCCUGUCAACUGGGCUUCUGGUACAUACCGUCCUGUCAGAAACACAUAUUCCUGGUCGAACCUGACCAAUGUUAUUUGGAUCGACCAACCUAUUUCGACUGGCUUCAGUACGGGAAAUGCUACUGCGACCAAUGAGGAUAUUGUAGCAACACAGUUUCUAGGCUUUUGGCGUAACUUCAUGGACGCAUUCGACCUCAAAGGACGCAAAAUCUACAUCACAGGAGAGUCGUAUGCCGGCAUGUACACACCUUACAUCGCUUCUGCUAUGCUCAAGCACAACGACACAAGUUACUACAACGUGAACGGACUCAUGGUUUAUGAUCCAUCAAUUGGCUACGACGGUGUCAUCUCUCAGGCACCCGCCCUCUCUUUUGUGGACCAAAACCGCAACUUCUUUCCCCUCAACGACACCAUCAACGCUCAAGUGAACAACAUUUCCGAAUCAUGCGGCCUCAACACCUUCAUGGAAACAGCUAUGACCUUCCCUCCCACAGGACCUCUUCCCCCGCCUCCCUCCACCUACGAAGAAGUCUACGACUACGAUAAUUGCGACAUUUACGAUAUCCUGUUCACCGCCAUUUUUGAAAUCAACCCCUGCUUCGACAUCUACCAGCUAGGUCAACAAUGUCCCCUACUCUGGGACUCCCUCGGCUUCCCCUACUCCUACGAUCAGUUUUACCUCCCCGAUGGUUAUUCUCAACCCUAUUUCAACCGCACGGAUGUCAAGAAAGCCAUCCACGCUCCCCUAGAUGUAGAUUGGGAAUUCUGUCUCCCUGGCGAAGAAAAUCCUUUCGUCGGUGACGACUCUGAUACUUCGCCACCCUCUGGCUUGCAAGAUGGACCUCUACAACAUGUCAUUGAAAGCACCAACAACGUCAUCAUCGGCCAUGGAACUCUUGAUUUCGUCCUUUUCGCCAACGGCACUCUUGCUACUCUGCAGAAUUUGACUUGGAAUGGCGUACAAGGAUUCAGCGAAUACCCAAAGAACCCAUUCUAUGUUCCUUACCAUGAUCAUCCUAUGGAUAGUAUGGCUGGCGCUGGUAUUUUCGGUUCUUGGGUCGAGGAACGAGGCUUGACUUUUGUGCUUACGCAAUUGGCUGGACACUUUUUGCCCCAGGGCGCGCCGUCUGCUGCGUAUAGGCAUCUGGAAAAGUUGCUUGGUAGGAUUGAGGAUUUGUCGGAGGUAUCGCCGUAUACUACGCAGAGGAAUGUUACUCAACCUGAAACAAUCUUGGGCAAUGGAACUGCGUGGGGGAAGAGAGAGAUUGAUGGUAUUGUGAGACGUGGUCAGGUAGAGCUCAAAGCAUAGGAAUAUGAAGUAGAAGAAUUGUCUUGACGAUAUGCGUGUAUUUUGAAGUAUACAAAUUUACAGAGGCUU